UUCAUUCCUCCAACCAACACAACACCCGAUCAAAGCAGAGCUUCCCCUCCCCGCUACCACACCGCGAGUUCGCGAGGCCUGGAGAGCGUACAGGGGGGUUGAUCGAUCAAGCGGCAAGAAUGGCGGCGACAGGGAGCGCUAAGAGCCGACGGUUCGCCGCAGCGUGCGGAGUUCUCAGCCGCUGCAUCAAGGCGGCGGAGACGCGGCCGGCGGCCACGGUGGUCCUCCCCCUCAUGCCCGGAGCGGAAGUGCCAGCGCAAGACGACUACGCGGCGGGUCCUGCACCGGAGCACGCGCAGAUGACCAUCUUCUACGGUGGGCAGGUGCUGGUGCUGGACCAGGUGCCGGCCGACAGGGCGGCCGAGCUGCUGCGUGUCGCUGCUGUCUCAGGCACAACGCAAGGGAACUGCGAGGCAGCGGAUGGCGACCUGCCCAUGGCUAGGAAGGCAUCGCUGCAGCGGUUCAUGGAGAAGCGCAAGGGAAGGCUCGCCGCGCGCGCCCUUCCCUACAGCCGGCCCGACGGCGACGCGUUCUCCUGGAGCCGUCUCACGGUUAUGCUCUGAUUAGUGUUCAUGCAUAGUAGAGUAGCCUGAGUAAUUUACAGUCCAUGUAAAUGUGUAGAUGUUAUUGGAGUACAAUUUCUGAAUGAUGAUCAGAAAAUCUAGCUGUCUUCUCGCAAAAAAA